AUGUGGUUAGGAAACAAGUUCAUCGUAAUAAUAAGUGAACCCGAUUAUUUGGAAAAACUUAUUUCGAACAAAGAUUGUUGGGAAAAGGAUACCAUAUAUGACGUACUCAAACCGUACGUCGGUGAGGGUCUGAUCACUGCUUCAGCCGAAAAAUGGAAGAAGAAUAGAAAACUGCUGAAUCCCACCUUCAAGCAGAAGAUCUUGAAUGGUUUCGUUCCAGUGUUCUGCAAAUAUUCUACUAUUUUAGUGGAUAUUCUAGAAAAAGGCGAAGAGAAUUCUAAUUUCAAUAUUAACCAGAAGUUCAUGGCUUCUACUCUAGAUACAACAUGUGAUCCUAUUAUGAAAGUAUCGGUGAAGAAGGUAAGUACGAGGAGAAUGCUCGACAGAGUACAAAGGCUUGCCUGUGUGUGCAUCACAGGAGCCAUGAGGACGUGUCCAACUAGGGCGCUUGAGAUCAUCACAGACCUCACACCUCUACAUCUAGUGAUUGAUAGGGUAGCUCAUGAGGCCAUCCUCAGAUUAUCUAAGGAAGGAACAGGUAACGAGAGAAUCAAGAGUCAGAGAGUUUGGUCCUCCCUGAACGACUACAUCUCAUCUGCAAACCUUCCUAGUGACUUAAUGAUCAAGAAAGCAGUUAUGGGAGUGCGUGUAGAUGCUCAAAUUUCUUCCAACACUUUUGGAGACUGGCUAGACAGGUUGAUGGAAUUCUGCAGUUUGCGAAUCACCAGGUUCAUUUAUCGUCCAGACUUCAUUUUUUAUCUGAUCCACGGUAAAGCUUUCGCCUAUGCGCUGGGGAACCUCACAACCUUCACAAAAACUGUAUUUGAAAGACAAAAGCAGAUAUUUAAUCAGGAGAUGGCCGUGAUGCAGGAAGGAACUCACUUAGAAGAUGAGGAACAAAAGUAUCCCACAUUUUUGAAGCUUCUGCUCGAGGUAUCCUACAAUGGCGGACAACUCAGUGACCAGGAAAUUCAAGAAGAAAUAAAUACGUUCAUCGCAGCUGCAACGGAUACUAGUGCAACUACAUUAUCGUAUUGCUGUCUUCUGUUGGCAAUGCAUCCGGAAUAUCAGCAAAAAAUCUACGAGGAAGCCGUUGGUAUAUUGGGAGAAGAUAGGGACGUCACUCCUUCAGAUAUACCCAAGUUUCAAUUCCUGGAUAUGUGUUUGAAAGAGACGCUCCGCGUAUUUCCAGUUAUUCCCUUCGUUAUGAGAAUUGCAUCUGCUGAUAUUGAACUUGAUAAUUUCGUCAUACCAGAAGGAACGUCGAUGAUAUAUAGCAUAUUCACUUUGCAUAGAAGCCCGAAAUAUUGGAAGGAUCCACUCAAGUUCAAUCCCUACAGAUUUUCCCCUGAAGAAUCGGCCAAGAUGCAUCCUUAUUCUUAUAUGCCCUUUAUGAAAGGUCCAAGGACCUGCAUAGGUCAGAAAUAUUCUUUCAUGGUGAUGAAAGUGAUGUUGACAAAGGUUAUCAGAAGGUUCCAGUUUGAAACCGAGUAUAAAAGCGUAGAAGAGGUAGAACUGAAGUUGAAUUUGGCUAUAAGACCAAAGAACGGAUUCAAAUUAACUUUGAAACGCAGGAUAUGAAACCACUGGCAGGUUUUGUGA